AAGGUCGACUGUCAUUGUCGUCUAACUCUUAAGCCAACCGCACCGACCAGUGGUUGGAGAAUGCAGAUCGUCUGUCGCGAACAAAGACAUCGUGAUAACCCGGCUGAAUAGGCGACUAGCAUCGCCCCCUAAACGGUCAGAUCCUAUUGCUCGGACAAAGCUAUUUAAAGAUCCAUGACUGCCUAGUAUAGCCGCGCAUGGUCCUGCCUUUACUAUCAAUAAUAACCCUCCUGCAUUCUGAUUUUACUCAAGGCUGUUCCAAAUGAUCGGACUUCCAUGGGCGACGGUCUACAUCGCGAUUGCAGGAUAUGCAAUCGCCAAAUCUACCGUCGGCAACUUCCUCCUUUUAUCCAUCUUGGCAUCUUUGCUCAAAGUAUUCUAUAAUACGGUGUUGUAUCCUGAAUUUUUCACCCCUAUUAAGAAAAUCCCAUCGCCUGCAGGUCGAUCGUGGCUCACCGGAAACUCCAACACGGUGUUUCUGGAGGCUCCUUACGAGGAUAUGCAUAAAUGGCUCGAGAGCGUGCCAAAUGACGGAAUGAUCCGCUAUUAUGUCUCAAUCAAUCUAGAACGCAUCCUCCCGGUAGGCCCUAAAGCCUUAAGUGAGAUCCUCGUCGCCAAGGCGUACGAGUUCCCGAAACCCGACUUCAUAAGGGCGAGCCUCAAACGCCUAGCCGGGGAACAUGGCUUGCUCCUCGUGGAAGGAGACGACCAUAAGAAGCACAAAAAGAAUCUCCUUCCUGCGUUCGCGUAUCGUCAUGUCAAAGAGCUGUACCCAGUAUUUUGGUCAAAAAGUAUCGAGAUGGUGAACAUAAUGGACCAAGACCUGCAGAAAAAGGCGGAUCCCACGGAUAACGUCCUCCGCAUGGGCUCCUACGCCAGCAGGGCGGCGCUCGACAUCAUCGGCGUUGCAGGCAUGGACCAUGACUUCCAGUCGCUUCGUGAUCCUGAUAACACCCUCGCGAGAACGUACCAAAACCUGAUGAGUGAAAUGCCAUUGUACAUGAAGAUUGCCUUUCUUUUGGCACUGCUCAUGGGCAAACCUGCCUUUGUUCAUGAACUGCCGUUUGAGAGGAACAGGAGUGUCCAAAAAAGCUCUGACACCAUUCGCGCGGUGGCGCGGCAGAUGAUUCGACAGAAGAGAGCGAAAUGGGAAAGCGGAACCUCCACCUCGGAGGAGGACAUAGACAUUGUCUCGGUUGCCCUGCGGAGCGGGAAAUUCACCGAGGAGGAGCUGGUAGACCAGAUGAUGACCUUCCUGGGAGCAGGACAUGAAACAACGUCAACUGCCUUGCAGUGGUGCGUGUACGCCCUGUGCAAGAAUCCCGAGGUCCAGGCCCGACUGCGUGAAGAGAUUCAUGCGAAUCUCCCGUCCAUCUCCUCAGAGAACCCCGAGCCACCCGCUGCGGCCGAUAUUGAUAACCUCCCAUACCUCAACGCCGUUUGUAAUGAAGUCCUUCGCUUUCACCCCUCCGUGCCUGCCACUAUCCGCAUUGCUAGCCGAGACACGACCAUCAUUGGAGAACCCAUCCCAAAGGGCACUUUAUUUCUAAUUGCCCCAGAGGUCAUCAAUAAAAGCAAAGAGAUGUGGGGUCCAGAUGCCGACAAAUUCAACCCAGAACGUUGGUUAGCCCCUGGCCGAUCCAACAACGGCGGUGCCAAUUGCAAUUAUGCCAACCUGACAUUCCUCCACGGGCCACGAAGCUGCAUUGGCCAGGGUUUCGCCAAAGCAGAGCUGGCCUGCAUGGUAGCGGUCACUGUGGGUAAGUAUCGGAUGGAAUUGCAGAACCCCAACAAGAAACUCGAAGUGCGACAGCAAGCAACCGUCUGCCCCAAAGAUGGUGUGCUUGCUAAGUUUACUCGCGUCGAGGGGUGGUGAAGAAGCGAUCCUUCUUUGACUUGUUUCGUGUACAUUAAUAGUUAGCCGAUCGAUUAUUUGGUCGGGGUUUUAAGCCAUAUCACCUCACUAUGAGGGUUGUCCGUUCAUAUU